AUGGCCAGUCCUUCUGUUCUUACUUUUGACGCUGAGGGCCGCCCGAUUAAGUUUGAGGUUUGGUUAGAUGACCUGCACCUGUUCCUCCAGAUCACUGCCAAGGACAAUUUCUCCCUCUAUGACCACACGUCAUGCGCCGCUCCCGCACCUGCCGCUACUGCUGACAGUACUGCUUGCUCCCAGUGGCAGAUCCGUGAUGCUCACGCUCGCCUAGCCGUUCGCAGCCACCUGCCGUUAGAUGAGCGCGAGCACUUCGGCCAGCAUAAGACCGCUAAGGAACUGGACCAGUUUCUCGCCCUCUCCCCCACUGACCUCACUCUCGACCUCCUCGAGAAGGAACUCCUAGCAGCUGAGAAGAGCAUUGUAGCUGUAGGUGCCUCUCGUGGUGACCCCCGCUCCCCCUUCUUUGAGGGGUGCUCCCCCUCCCCCCUCCUCCCCUCCAUUGCAUCUGCUGCUGCUGUCGACUACCUUGGAGCUGAGGGGGUCGGGGCUGCGUCUGCUCCUAGUGGGAGGCGCAAGGGCGGCAGGGGCAAGGGGGGCAGGGGUGGCGGAGGUGGAGGCGGGGGCGGCGGCGGUAGAGGGGGUGGGGGGGGCGGGGGUGGUGGCGGAGGUGGGAGUGGCGCGGGUGGUGGGGGGGUCAGUGGCGGCACAGGGGGUGGUGGCGGCGGAGGUGGUGGGGGUGGUGGGGGCGGUGGUGGCAGUAGUGGCGGCGGUGGAGCGGGUGGCGGGCGCGGUGGAGCGGUGCAGCGUGGGGGGUUCGGCGGUGGCCAGAGGCAGCAGCAGCAGCGUCCCGGCAAGACUCCCUCGCCCCAGCAACUCCGUGAGUGGUACUCUCAGCGUGGGGGGUCUGGGGGUGGAGGUACCUGCCCGUACGUCAUCCGCACAGGUGACCGCACUGGCCAGACCUGUGGGAGUGUUGAGGGUGACUGCUACCUGAGUGUACCGCCCGACCCGGGCAUUGGGACCAGUGAGACAGCUGCUCCAGGUGCUAGUGGGUCUGCUGCCCUAGGUCCUGGUGAGGCUGCUGCUCUUGGAGCUAGUGCGUCUGCUGCCCUAGGUCCUGGUGAGGCUGCUGCUCUAGGUGCUAGUGCGUCUGCACUUGCUGGUACUGCGUCUACUGAGGCACUGCACACCUUCACACUCGACUCAGGUGCUUCCCGCUGUUUCUUCUGUGACCGCACUGCCCUUGAGCAGCUAGCUCGGCCAGUUUUUGUCUCCCUCGCUGACCCCUCUGGGGGCCCGGUCCUUGCGACCUCCUCCACUGUCCUCCCUUGUCCUGCGGUCCCGUCCGGCACCCUGUCGGGUCUUUACCUCCCCUCGUUCUCUACGAACUUGGUGGCGGGCUCUGCUCUUCAGGAUGGGGGUGUUCACCAGUUCACCCCUGCCUAUGAGCGUGUGACCCACUGUACGUGUGCUCGGACAGGUCGCCACCUAGUUACCUUCACUCGGCAGUCGGGGUCGGACCUGUACACACUGACCACUGAGUCCCCUCAGGUAGCUGCGUCUACGUCUGCGUCAGGUCAGCUGUCGGCCCCCUGCUCAUGUCGUUCCCUGUCGCACCAGAGAGUUCUCUGGCACCACCGUCUUGGUCACCCGUCAGUGCAGCGCCUUCGUGGCAUGCACUCCCGGUACCUUGUCUCCGGUCUUCCCAGGGUUCUCCCUCCCCUCCUGCCCUCGCCUGCUCCACCCUGUCUUCCCUGUGUUGAGGGGCGGCAGCGCGCCGCUCCUCACUCCUCCUCGUUCCCUCCCACAGAGGCUCCUCUGCAGACUCUCCACCUGGACGUGUGGGGCCCAGUCCGCGUCCGUGGACAGGGCCACGAGCGGUACUUCCUGCUGGUUGUCGGCGACUACACGCGCUACACCACGGUCUUCCCCUUACGCACCAAGGGUGAGGUCCCUGAUGUUUUGAUCCCUUGGAUCCGCGCUGCUCGUCUCCAGCUCCGCGACCGGUUCCGGUCGGACUUUCUUGUCCUGCGUCUGCACUCUGACCAAGGUGGUGAGUUUUCCUUUGACCUCUUGGCAGCCUACUGUGCGGAGCACGACAUUCGCCAGACGUUCACGCUUCCGGCCUCUCCACAGCAGAAUGGGGUUGCUGAGCGCCGCAUUGGUCUAGUCAUGGAGGUCGCUCGUACGUCCAUGAUCCAUGCGGCUGCCCCCCAUUUCCUGUGGCCGUUUGCAGUGCAGUACGCCGCGCAUCAGCUCAACCUCUGGCCCCGUGUCUCUGCUCCAGAGACCUCGCCCACACUCCUGUGGACGGGGCAGGUUGGCGAUGCGUCGCGUUUCCGGGUCUGGGGUGCUCGUGCCUUUGUCCGCGAUACCACUGCAGACAAGCUCUCUGCCCGCGCUAUGCCCUGUGUCUUCCUUGGCUUUGUCCCUGACGCGCCUGGUUGGCAGUUUUACCACCCCACCUCGCGUCGUGUCUUCCCCUCUCAGGACGUCACCUUUGACGAGUCGGUACCCUUUUACCUUGUGUUCCCCUACCGCACUGCUCCGCUCCCUCCCCCUCCUCUCUUCCUCACCCCAGGUGCCCCUUCGGUAGACCCCCUCCCUCCACAGGGUCCUGCUCCCUCAGGUGUUUCCCAGGCGGUCGACCAAGGAGCAGAGGCAGCGAACGUCGCGGCGGCGACUACAAGGCCGAGUGGCUCAACGGUGGAGGCGGCUGUGUGGAGAGCGGCGGAAGAGGCCGGCGGGGUGGACGAAGAGAUCCUCGCCAGGAUCGUGAUGCCAGACCUGGAAAUCGAGGUCAUGCGGGAAAAACUACAAGCAGCAGCUCCCACCGUGGGAGCGCAACAGGGUGCACCAGCCGCCUCGACUGCUCCUGCGGAGGACCAUAGCGCGGCUGGCGCCAAAUCCCCCCCGGCCACAACCGGUGAGGUCGGCGAUGGGAAGCAAAAGCGCAAGGGCAAGGACAAGGCGAAGGGCGGCCCGGCGAAGGUCGGCUCUUCCAAGGGGACGUCCAAAGCGGCCGCGCAGGGUCAGAAGGGUUCAGGCGUCCGCGUUGACCCUUCAAAUGGGCUGGCCGUCUCGGAGAUGAAGUUUGGGAAGAAGAGCCGUUACAUCUGCCGGUCGAUGGACAAGUCCGAGGCCGCCUACUGCAUCGCUGUCGCCGUUUCGUCGUUCGACGGCUUCGUCAGCGACGUGGUUCUCGACGAGUUCGGUGGGGUCAAGGAGGAAGUGAUGGCGCAGUAUAAGGCGGACUGGAAUGUGGCGCGAUUUAUCCCGGGGGGCAUGUGGAUGGUUCCAACAGGUGGUCGCGGAAUACAACAGGAUAACCGGAGCCGACCGCGCGCGAAGAACAAGGUGGCGAGCGACAUGAUCGCACGCGUUUCGAUGUGUGCCGCCUUCGCACCGGUGGCCGCGAAAGUGACGCCCAUUUCGGGCGUCGGGUCGGAGCGGUUGUCCGAGAUCCUCGCCGGUACUGCGGCCGCGGUGUGGUGUUUUUCGGAGACCAAUGCCACGGCAGAAGUAGCGGCCGGCGAAGGGGGGGCAGCAGCGACCGUGCGCGGAGCGUCCAACGAGUUCGCGAGUCGGUGUGGGACCGUCAUCGAGGCGGUGCUUCAGCGGGCGGCCUCCUGGGUGGUCGUCGUAGGGGAGGUCGCCGAAACGGUGACGAAGGACCUGCAGGCGGCUGUGGUGAGGUCGCUGCCUGAGGUCGGGGAGGAGCGCGAGCACGACGAGCUGAUCGCCCGUGUCAUGAUAGAGAACCUCGCCUUCUGGGGGGACUGCAAUGUCGGAGGCCCGAAGCUCAAGGCUCGCGGCGUCGAUUUGCCUAUCGAACCCCAGAUGAAGAUUAUCAUUCGGGACAGGGGGGCGAGGGGGCAGCAGCACAAAGGGAAGCAGGUCGCCGACGCCUAG